AGUCGUGUCUUAGAAGAGGACAUGUAUGGUGCCUGGUAGCUGUAAUUUUGGUUGUAUUUUUUUUUCUCUUUUCUUUAGAAUCAAAAAAAGAAAAAUUUCUCGUCUUCGCAUCUCCCCUAGAAACUAAAACUUGUUUUCAAACUUUAAGUGAAAUUCCCAAGGUCGCGCCACUCUUUUCUAACCCUCCAUUACCAACUGUUAUUCAAGCUCUGGCAAGUCUAGGGCUUUCGAAACCUCAAAUUCUCAAUUUUCUGAUAAAGCUAGAAAUUCUGGAUUUCCCCCUUUCUCUAAAAAUACCAAUCAAUGGCGGGUAUGCUGAAGCAGCUGCGAAAUUCAUUCACAGUAACGCCGCAUAAGGUGUCAGUGUGUGUUCUUGUUCAAAUCUAUGCAACUCCUGGUCCAUUCUUUCUUCCUGACCCUUUUUCUACUGUAUCUCAUCACAACUCUUUCGGCUUGUUUUUGGUUGCUUUGAUUAAGUCUUAUGAUAAUAUUUUGGAGCCAAAGCUAGAUGAACUUAUCUCUCGGCUGAAGAAAAUUGGAGGCUUGCUUGAUCAAAGAUUAACUCACAGAUUAUCAUCAUUAUCAUCACCCGAUGAGUUGUUUAAUUUUUUCAGUGAAUUGCAAGGAAUCUUGGGGGGCCAAGACUCAAGUGUUCUAGAAGAUGAUCAAAUUAGUCUGGACCCUAGCAGCAAUCUUGGAAUGUUUCUGCGUCGAUGUAUACUUACCUUCAAUAUACUAUCUUUUGAGGGAGUUUGCCAUCUGCUGUCAGAUAUAGAAUCAUAUUGUAAAGUACUUACUGGUUCUCCAUCUUUUGAUUUGACUCGAUUGGAUGGUUGUAAUGAUGAAUCAGAGCGAUUAAUGGAAUACGAGAACAUGGACCUUGAUAAUUUUGCUUGUCAAGAAAUUAAUGGUGAAGCUGGAACAAGUAAAAGAGCUGGUAAAGGAAUGUCAUUCCAUCUACAUGUGCCUAAAGUCCUUGAUGAGCUGGUUGAAGGUGUUGAGGUUUCCUCGGCCCUAAAACAUGGUGCUAAAGCCAGAGAAUCAAGUCCCUUUAUGCUCCCAGAUAUUGAUGUAUUGGAUACACUUGACGAGAAUGCUGGUAUAUUUUUGCGUUCAAAUUGGCAAGUUCAUGGAUACUUGCUUCAGCAAGCUGAUGAGAUUGAAAAGCAUGGAAGUUCUUUUCCCUUGAAUACUCUUGAAUCUAUUCUGAAACAACUCCAGAAAUUGGCGCCUGAGUUACAUCGUGUUCAUUUUUUGCGCUACUUGAAUAUGUUGCAUCAUGAUGAUUAUUCUGGUGCUUUGGAGAAUCUCCAUCGUUAUUUUGAUCAUAGUGCAGGGAUGGAGGGUUUUGAUCUUUGUUCGUCUUCGACUGAUAGCAACUGCUUCGGGAAAUAUGAAAUUGCUUUGUUAUGUUGCGGAAUGAUGCACGUCCACUUUGGCCAUCCUAAAUUAGCUCUAGAAGCUUUAACAGAAGCAGUCCGCGCUUCUCAACAGCACAGCAAUGAUGCAUGUCUUGCUUAUACUUUAACAGUUAUAUGCAACCUGCUGUCUCAAUUUGGUAUAACAAGCGCCUCAAGAAUACUUGGAUCAUCAUACUCACCUAUGACCAGCAUUGGUUCUUCUUUAACCAUCCAUCAACAGUUAUAUGUGCUACUAAGAAGAGCUCUUGCUAGAUCAGAAGAUCUAAAGCUGACACCAUUAGUGUCUGCAAACCAUCUAGCAAUGGCUAAAUUUGACCUGGUGCAUGUCCAAAGACCUAUGCUAUCUUUUGGUCCCAAAGCAUCUGUUAGCCUUAGAACACGCCCCGCUGAUGUUUGCCAGGAACUGAGGUUAAGCUCUCAUGUUGUCAGUGAAUUUAAUGAUGAAGAUCCUGCAGUGUCUCGUGACGGUGAUUUUGCUACUGCAUGGCUUAAGAAUCCGCUUAAGCCAAUGGGUCCUCUAGUGAUAAACUCAGAAAAUGGAUCAGGAAAUGAUUGUGAUGCAUUUGAAUUUUGUGCGCAACAGAGCUCAGUACCUAAGUCUGUGCUGCAACAACUUGGUUCUUCGUUUUUACUUCGCACUACAGCAUGGGAGAUGUAUGGCAGCAACUCGCUUGCCAGGAUAAAUGCUCUUGUUUACGCCACUUGCUUUGCUGAUGCUUCAAGCUUGGAUAAUCUUGCCUUAGCUUGUGUGAAGCUUGUCCAGCAUCUUGCUGCUUAUAAAGGCUACAAAGAAGCAUAUGUUGCAUUCAGAAUAGUUGAGGAGAAGUUCCAUGUUAUCUCAAAAUCACGAGUCUCGAUAUUGAAGCUUCAGCUUCUUCACGAACUUGCCUUGCAUAGAGGAUGUUUGAAGCUUGCUCAGCAACUCUGUGAUGAACUUGGUGCUUUGGCUUCACCUGUGACUGGAGUUGAUGUAGAUCUAAAGACUGAAGCAAGUCUUCGUCGAGCUCGAACAUUUCUAGCUGCAAACCAGUUUAGCCAGGCUGCAGAGGUUGCACAUUCUCUCUUUUGCACAUGCUACAAGUUCAAUUUGCAAGUUGAAAACGCAACAGUUCUACUAUUGCUUGCCGAAAUCCACAAGAAAUCAGGAAAUGCCACCCUUGGUCUCCCAUAUGCAUUGGCAAGUAUAUUGUUUUGCCAGUCUUUCAACUUGGACCUUCUUAAAGCUUCUGCUACCCUCACACUUGCUGAGCUAUGGCUCUCGUUUGGACCAAGUGAAGCACAGAGAGCAUUGUCGCUCCUUCAUGGAACUUUCCCCAUGGUUCUUGGACAUGGAGGUUUGGAGCUCCGUGCACGCGCACACAUUAUAGAAGCUAAAUGUCAUCUCUCGGAUGCAAGUUAUUCAGUGUGUGAAGCACCAGAUGCAGUACUCAACCCUUUAAAGGAUGCCUGUGAAGAGCUUGAACUUUUGAAGUAUCACGAGUUGGCUGCGGAGGCUUACUAUCUGAUAGCUACGGUAUAUGACAAAUUGGGCAACUUACAAGAGAGGGAGAUAGCUGCGACAUCCUUCAAGGACCAUAUUGCUGCUUUAAAGAAUCCUCAAGAUUUGGAGGAUGAUAUUUGGAACACUUUGUAGACAAAGCACAAACACGAUAAAUGCAUGAGUGGUUACUUGUAUCUCCUCCGGCCUCCAUUUGUAUAUUACAGAAGCAACAUCCCAUCCCAUCCCAUCCCAUCCCAUCCCAUCCCCACUUGUUACUUACAGUUAGUUGCCUUUAUGUUGAAAUGGGGAAGCAAAGAGGUUUCGAAUUAUUACCCUACUGGGUUUCGUUUAGACCUUGAUAUUGAAGGUAGCUUUAGACAGAAAGCAUGCUGCUUAGUUUAGAAGUUGAUUUAUAGCUUGAAUGAAACAGCUAGGUCUUGUACAUGAUUUGAUCGUUUAAAGUAGCUCCACAAUGUCAAUGGCCGAGUGUCCAGGGUCAUGGUGGACAUGAUUAGUUUUUGCAGAAGAUUCAUGUAACUGCAGUGCUAUCUAAACCAUCAAAACACCUCAAAUUCCAGUUCCGGACUGUUUUCUCUAUUCUACUGAAAAACCCAAUAAAACUGUCUUAGGAAUGGUAAGUCUUUGUAAAAUUAGAAGCUUAAAGCUAUAUGAUAUGUAUGUACCUAAUGUUGUUUUGAUUA